AUGCCAUCCAUUGGCCCAACCCUCCCACCCCACCUCUCAAAACGUAAGCGUGACGACGAGGACCUCAAACCAACCACCUCCGCCGCAUCAUCAUCGCAAACUUCCCGUUCCCCCAGCCUCGAUUCCACCGACAAGAAACGCCGCACUAUCGGCCCCGCUCCCCCUCCCGCCCCCCUCUCCCAACGCCCCCCGUCCCCCCCCUCCCCGAACCAGGCAUCCGACGAUUCCAGCAGCGACGACGAUUUCGGCCCCCGGCCUCCCCCCGCCGGCUCGACCGACCCCCACGACGUCACGUCGGCGUUCGACCGCGAUGAAGGCAUCGUCCCCGAAGCCGACACCAAGCCCCAGCGCGACGAAUGGAUGACGAUCCCCCCCCAGCAAGACGACCUCGCGGCGCGGAUGGACCCGACGAAGCGGCCGGCACGGAAGUUUAAAGGGAAGGGGGCACCGGGGGCGGGCGAGGGGAUUGGGUCGGCGUGGACGGAGACGGCGGAGGAGAAGCGAAAAAGGUUGGCGGAUCAGGUGAUGGGGCGGAUGGAUCCCGAGGCGGGGCGGAAGGGGAGGCAGGCAGAGGAGGAGGGGGUACGGAGGGGGAGGGAGCGGGUUGGGGAGAAGGGGAGGGGAGAGGGGAAGUCGUUGUAUGAUCGGCAUCAGGAGAAGAAGGAUCGGGAGAAGGAGGACGAUCCGAGUGGGCGGGCGUUCGAUUAUGAGAAGGACAUGGGCACGGGGAUGAAGAUUGGGCACGCGCAGAAGAAGGAAAUGCUGCACCGGGCCGCGGAUAUGGGGUCCCGGUUCUCGGGCGGCGGUUAUCUAUGA